UACACACACAUAGAGGGACUUAAUUUGUGGGCAGUAAGUAAGAAUAUCAUUAAUAUAGCUUCAAAAUCAUUAUUAUUAGGGGCCUUUUAGGUAGUAACUAGCAAUUAGCUAGCAACUUAUGUGCAUGUUUAGCAUGAGGAGCUUCCUUCUGCUAUUGUGUGCGCCUGUCUUCAUAUUCUCUCUUAUAGGAGAAUCUACUCAGGCGGCUGUUCCUCCGUCCGAAGAGACAGAGACAGAAAACGGAGUUUAUAUUGUUUAUAUGGGCACUGUCGUGGCCUCUUCAUCGUCAAAUGAUGAGGUUGAGGCAGGCAUAGCCCACCUCAUGACCUCAGUCAUUAAAAGGAAAAGAGAGGUAUUGGUGCACAGCUACACAAAUGGGUUCUCAGGAUUCGCGGCCCGGUUGACAGAGGAAGAAGCCCAAUCCAUUGCCCAACAGCCCGGAGUGGUGUCUGUCUUCCCAGACCCAGUUAUCCACCUCCAUACAACUCGUUCAUGGGAUUUCUUGCAAUCAUUUUCCAGUAAAAAAGAUUAUUUCAAGCUAAGAUCACCUUACUCUGGUCAAUCAUCAUCAUCAUCAUCAUCAUCCACUAGAUCAGACACCAUCAUCGGCAUCUUGGAUACAGGGAUAUGGCCAGAAUCUGCUAGUUUCAGUGACAAGGGCAUGGGACCUAUCCCAACACAGUGGAAAGGAAUGUGCAAGCAAGGAAAAGAUUUCAAUUCGUCUCUUUGCAACAGGAAAAUCAUUGGGGCUAAAUACUAUUCAGGGAGCUCAAAGAAAGGGUCGCCGAGGGACCUUAACGGUCAUGGAACCCAUGUUGCCUCGACGGCAGCAGGCUCCCUCGCCCACGGCGCGUCGUACUAUGGGCUGGCUUCGGGGACAGCCAAAGGUGGAUCCCCCACUUCGAGAAUUGCCAUGUACCAAGUCUGUACUGCAUACGGAGGGUGCCUAGGAUCAGACAUUUUAAAAGGUUUCGAUGAUGCAAUUAAGGAUGGAGUGAAUGUGCUGUCAUUGUCUUUGGGUGGAGGGUAUGGAGAAAAAACAGACUACUCAAAAGAUCCUAUUGCCAUUGGCUCCUUCCAUGCUAUGGAGAAAGGCAUCAUCGUCAUAUGCUCGGCUGGGAAUGGUGGUCCCGACACUAGCACUGUUGUCAAUGAUGCUCCAUGGAUCCUAACCGUCGCCGCCUCCACACUUGACCGCCACUUCCGGUCACAAAUCAUCUUGGGAGGAAACAAAGUGAUUGAGGGCACGGCCAUUCAAUUCAGCAAACUCAAAAAAACUCCAGUGUACCCAUUGGUCACCGGAGCUUCAGUUAAAUGGGAUAAUGCUACCCAAAGUGACGCAAGGGCAUGCGUCUCAGACACAUUAAACCCUGCCAAGGUGAAGGGUAACAUUAUUGUAUGUGAAAACCAAAAACAAGACAGUUUCUAUGAUUCUAUGUGGAGGGCAGAUGAGGUCAAAAGUGCAGGUGGGCUGGGAAUAAUAGCGACAACCAGCGAUGAAUAUAGCCUCAUGGCCCUGAAAUUUGAUACUUUCCCGGCGUCUAUGGUUACACAAAAGGAAGGCAACAAAAUACUCUCUUAUAUUAGCUCAGCCAGACACCCAGUGGCGACAAUCCUCCCAACUGUCACAACAAUAGGACAGGAACCAGCUCCAGCAGUAAUCUUUUUUUCAUCAAGAGGCCCUUCGCUUACUAGCCUAAAUCUUCUCAAGCCAGAUAUUACUGCACCUGGGGUUAACAUUCUAGCAGCUUGGCCUGAUGAUGACAAAACAGAUGGGUCCAUGAUUCCGGGCAAAAAAACAGGUUACAAUCUAGAAUCAGGCACGUCUAUGUCCUGCCCACAUAUAUCAGGAGUUGCGGCUGUGGUUAAGGCUCAUAACCCUGCAUUUAGUGCAUCAGCAAUUAGAUCAGCUAUUAUGACCACAGCCACACAGACAAACAACCAGAAUGGACCAAUAAGAACUUCAUCCGGAUCAAUUGCAACGCCGUAUGACUUCGGGGCAGGACAAGUCAACCCCACAUUGGCAUUAGACCCCGGGCUGGUUUACGAGACAGAGAUCGAAGAUUAUGUGCUAUUCUUAUGUGCUACGGGCUAUAACACAUCCCAAAUUAGGCUCAUCUCAUCAACAAUUAGAAAAGACUUUGAGUGCCCCCAUGAUUUGUCUCCAGAUUCAAUCUCUAACCUCAACUAUCCUUCAAUAGCCAUCUCAAAGCUCAACCAAGGUGAAACUAAGAUAGUAACCAGAAAAGUAACUAAUGUUGGUGAUGAAAAUUCAGUGUACACUGCAACUAUCACAGCAGAUAGGGGCAUGGACGUCACAGUAUCCCCUAAAAAGUUAGUGUUUACUAGAGGCAUAAAGAAGGUAACUUACAAAGUGACUAUCACAGCUAAGUCGACACCAAAGAAAGACAUCUUUAGUUUCAUUACCUGGAAAAGUGGGAAGUACGCAGUUCGAAGUCCAAUAGUUGUCAGCACAUAGUAACACACAGGGAAAGAGUCACACAGGGGACAGAUUGAUGGAUGAAUAAAUCAUUGUUGCAACAUGUACAGAUCAUACUCAGGUUUAUAGCUAAUCACUAUGAAAAUAAAAUCCAGCAAAUUAAACAGUCACUUUUGUUUUUAAGACUUGAGUAUCAAAGAGAUUGUGCUUAGUUACACUAAAGCCAAGAAAAACUAGAAGCACACAGAAGUACAUAAAUGAUUAGACUCAGAAGGAAGCAUCUCACAUGGAUGCUAGUAUAUACAUUGUUACUUUACUGAGGUCAGAAUGACUUGACAUAAUGUAUUGUGGUGUCUCUUUAAAGUUUAUGCACAUGCAAAUUUACCAA